AGCUUGGGGAAACUAUUGCACGGGCCAAAUGCCGCGGAAUUGCAGUGGGAGAGGAGGUAUAAAAUCGCUGUGGAGGUCGCUAAGGGACUGUGCUAUCUCCACCAUGACUGCUCGCCUCUGAUUAUACACAGGGAUGUCAAGUCCCACAACAUCUUGUUGGACUCCAACUUGGAGGCUCAUGUUGCUGAUUUUGGGCUCGCUAAGUACUUUCAAGGACCUGCAGAUUGCAUGUCUUCCAUUGCUGGUUCCUUUGGCUACAUAGCCCCAGAGUACGGUUAUACGCUGAAAGUGGAUGAGAAAAUCGACGUGUACAGUUUCGGUGUGGUGCUGCUGGAGCUAAUAACUGGGAGGAAACCAGUGAUGAACUUGGAAGAUGAGGACAUGAACAUAGUAAGUUGGGUGAGGAAGACCACAUCAAAAAUCCCUUAUAAGCCAUCUCCUGCAUCACCAGCAGUACUAUUGGCACUUGUAGAUCCCAAGCUCAGCGGGUACCCAUUGCAAGGUGUCCUAGACUUGUUCAACAUAGCAAUGAUGUGUGUCGAGAACGACAGCUGCGCAAGACCUACAAUGAGGGCAGUCGUUAACAUGCUCACCAAUCCUCCACCGUCUUCUCCGACCAAAGUCAACCUUUAG